AUGAGCAGUAAGAAGGGGGGGCCCAAAGCUGCACCAGGGAAGAGGCAGGCACCCCUCCCUGGGUCCAAGCUUCGAGCUGCUGCUGGGAAGCCGAAAGAUCACCAGCUGCAGACGAAGACAGGCCAGCCGGCCAAAGAGUCCUACUCUGAGAACCCCGAGGUUCCUGCAGCCCCAACCGCCCAGGACAAAGCCGCCACGAUCAUCCAGUGUGCCUUCCGGCAACACCUGGCACGAAAGGAGCUGGCGCGCCGUGGGCAGGAGCGCCAGAAGUACCUGGAUGAAAUGGAGAAGCUGCAGAGAGAGGCCUACCUGGCCUUGGUGCGCCGGGAGCAGGAGGCGGCGAGGCGGCAGCGCGAGCAGGAGGAGGCAGCAGAGCGAGCGCGGCGGGAGGAGCUGCAGCGCCGCCACCGCCUGCUGGAGGCCGCCUUCGAUGGGGACGGCCGCACACCGCUCUACCGGGCAGCCUUUGGGGGUCACCUGGAAGCCGUGGAGGUGCUUCUGAAGCUCGGAGCAGACCCCAGGGUGUACGCGGAUGACGGGAGCACUCCGGAACAGGUGGCCUCACUGGCUGCAGUGGCCAGUGUGCUCCAGUCAUGGGACCUGAGCCUCACAGAGGCUAUGCUCCAGAACAUGGAGGCUGAGCAGCAGCGCAGGGCCCAGGAGGCCCAGAAGCACAAGGAGAUAGAGGCUAAGCGCAUCAACCUCAAGGUGGAGCAGCUGGCUAAGGAACAACAGAGGUGUCACAAGGAGCUACAACAGGCCUAUUGCGAGCUCAAUCGGAGGAUCACAGAGCAUGAUAAGUGUGAGAGGAAGCGCAUGGGCAAGACUGAGCUCACACUGCAGGCCAUCAAGGACGCAGAAGCCCAAGUGGAACUAUUGCGGCUGGAGGCACAAAAGGCUGAAGAGACACUGGCCAUGGCCAGGCUGGAGCUGCGGGAGCAGACCCAGGAGGAGGAAGAGCUGGCAGCACCUGGGCUGAGGUGCAGGGUCACAGAGCUUCACGAUGUUCUGAUGAAGGAUGUGGGUGACCGGAUCCGAGCUGAUGGACGGUGGCCUCUUGUCAUCGACCCUUCUGGCCAGGCAGCCACUUUCCUGAGAUACCAGGACACCAACUAUGUGGACACCGUAAACCCGGAGCACUUGAGACCGGAGACAAUUCGGCAGGCUCUGAUAGGGGCACUCAGGUACGGGAAGCCACUGGUGUUCGACCUGCGUGAAGUGAACCUGUUCCCAACCGUGCAGCAGCAGCUGGAGGCGGUACAGCCUGGCCUGGCACAGGCGCUGUUGAGUCGUGGGCUGCUGGCACAGGAAGGUUAUUUGUCACUGCUUCGGCCCACUGACGGACCUGAGUAUGACCCCUCCCAGUUCCAAGAGGCACGCUUAGAGCACUUCCGCCUCUUCUUUGUCACCCGAGUUCAGUGGCCACCAGAUGACCAGCUGCAGAUCCUGCUCCCAGUACGUGUGCAGCUGUCUGGUGGAGGAUUCUAG